UUUAAAAAAAAAAAGUUUAGAGUUGGAUGGAGUCAGUAGGCAAAAGUAAUAGGGAAAUAGUUGUGGUGGUGACGAUGUUUCUUUCAGUUUGUUUAGUGUGUUAUUGCGAUGGCAGUGUAAUCGUAUCGAAAGAUGGGAACGGAGAUUACAAAAGUGUGAGUGAAGCAAUUAAGAAUGCUCCAAAGUUGAGUGAAAGUGUUUACACCAUUCAUGUUCGAGCUGGUACUUAUGAAGAGUAUGUUGUUAUUCAUCAUGACAAGACCAAUAUUAAGCUUGUUGGAGAUGGUCCUCGCCACACUAAAUUAGUUGCUUACCAAGGUUCCACCAUAGAUAUUCAUGGAGAAGGGUUCAUGGCGGAAAGCAUAGCAUUUGUGAACUCAGCGGGUCUAAAAGCAAGCGGAGCAGUAGCCGUACGCAACGAAGCAAACAACACCGUCUUCUACCGAUGUUCCAUCGACGGUUACCAGGACACUCUAUGGGCAGUUUCCGGCCGGCAGUUCUACAAGAACUGCGACAUCUAUGGCACCGUCGACUUCAUCUACGGCGCCGCCGCUGCCGUCUUCCAGGACUGCAUGCUCUACGCCAGAUACCGUGAUCACGUGACAUUCACCGCUCAGUCACGUGACGAUCCAAAUGACAAUAACUCCGCCUUCACUUUCCAGAGAUGCAACUUCACGAUGUCUCCAGAAGAUUCCAUUUCGCAUGCUAAGUCGGAGGUGCAUGCGACUUUGGGCCGGCCAUGGAGGCCGUACUCGACGGUGGCUAUACUGCAGUGCUUUAUUGACUCUAUUGUUGGGCCCGCGGGCUGGGAAGAGAUGCCGGGGCAGCCCACUGAUAGGGUUACGUAUGUGGAGUAUGGGAAUGUUGGGCCUGGGGCUGGUACGGACGGGAGAGUGAAGUGGCCUGGUGUUAGAGUGCUUCAUCGACCAGCUGAAGCACAACGUUUCACUGCUUCCCAUCUCUUGGAUGCUGACUCUUGGAUUCCAUCCACUGGUGUUCCUUAUGACAAUGGAUUCUAGUUAGUUAGUUAAUUCUGUUUUCUUUUACCCACUUUUCUGUUCUUUCCUUCUCGUUUUGUAUGUGCCUUUAAUUAUUUGUGCUUAAUUAUCUUCUCAACUGUAAUAUUAGUGUUUGCUACUUACCCUUUCAAUUCAUCAGAUCAAUUGUAAUGUGUUGGAUUUGAUUGUGUGUUCGACAAAGAGCCAACAAUUAAAAUGAUUUUAUACAUAUAUUUCACAGUA